AUGGCCUCCGAGUCGGUAAAGGUUGUGGUGCGCUGCCGCCCCAUGAACCAACGGGAGCGGGAGCUGAACUGCCAGCCCGUGGUGACGGUGGACUGUGCCCGCGGCCAGUGCUUCAUCCAGAACCCAGGCGCCGCUGAUGAGCCCCCGAAGCAGUUCACCUUCGACGGCGCCUACUACAUGGACCACUUCACCGAGCAGAUCUACAAUGAAAUCGCCUACCCGCUAGUGGAGGGUGUCACUGAGGGCUACAAUGGCACCAUCUUUGCCUACGGCCAGACGGGCAGCGGGAAGUCCUUCACCAUGCAGGGCCUGCCGGACCCUUCCUCCCACAGGGGCAUCAUCCCCAGGGCCUUCGAGCACGUUUUUGAGAGCGUCCAGUGUGCAGAGAAUACCAAGUUCCUGGUCCGGGCCUCCUACCUGGAGAUCUACAAUGAGGACGUCCAUGACCUGCUGGGGGCUGACACCAAACAGAAGCUGGAGCUGAAGGAGCACCCCGAGAAGGGUGUGUACGUGAAGGGGCUAUCGAUGCACACGGUGCACAGCGUGGCCCAGUGUGAGCGCAUCAUGGACACAGGCUGGAAGAACCGCUCUGUCGGCUACACCCUGAUGAACAAGGACUCCUCCCGCUCACACUCCAUCUUCACCAUCAGUAUUGAGAUCUACGCUGUGGACGAACGGGGCAAGGACCACCUCCGGGCGGGCAAGCUGAACCUGGUGGAUCUGGCGGGCAGUGAACGGCAGUCCAAGACGGGAGCCACAGGGGAGCGGCUCAAGGAGGCCACCAAGAUCAACCUGUCACUGUCAGCGCUGGGCAACGUCAUCUCAGCUCUGGUGGACGGACGGAGCAAACACAUCCCCUAUCGGGACUCGAAGCUGACGCGACUGCUGCAGGACUCGCUGGGUGGCAACACCAAGACGCUGAUGGUCGCCUGCCUGUCACCCGCUGACAACAACUACGAUGAGACACUCAGCACGCUGCGUUACGCCAACCGAGCCAAGAACAUCAAGAACAAGCCACGCAUCAACGAGGACCCCAAGGACGCCCUUCUGCGCGAGUACCAGGAGGAGAUCAAGAAGCUCAAAGCCAUUCUGGCUCAGCAGAUGAGCCCCAGCAGCCUGUCAGUCCUGCUGUCCAACCAGGUGCCCCUAAACCCUGGCCAGUUUGAGGAGAAGCCACUGCCGCCCCCACCUGUGGUCCAGCAUGACACAGAGGCCGAGAAGCAGCUGAUCCGGGAGGAGUAUGAGAAGCGCCUGGCCAGGCUGAAGGCUGACUAUGAGGCAGAGCAGGAGUCUCGGGUCCGGCUGGAGGAGGACAUCACUGCCCUGCGCAACUCGUACGACGUGAAGCUGUCCACCCUAGAGGAGAACCUGCGGAAGGAGACAGAGGCUAUCCUGAAGGCAGAAGCCAUGUACAAGGCCGAGGUCAUGUCCAGGGCUGAGUUGAUCAACAGAUAUGAGUCCUCACCUGCUUUCCAGUGCGACUUGGCCUUCCAGCCCCAGCUCCGCUCCAUGCCCCGCCCUCCACCCAGGCCUGAGGUCUGCAAGUCUGAGAGUUCUUCCCAGCUGGACCAGCUGCCCGUGGUGCCGAACUCCAAGUCUGAGAUCUCCUUUGUGUCAGAUGAGUCAUCCACGCUUGAGGAAACAUCUGGGUCUGAGGUCUUCCCCGGGCCUGAUGAGCCCUCCAACCUGGGCUUCUCACUGCCUGAGGAGGGGUCCAAGGACACGUACUUCCUGAGUGAGUGUCUCAGGCAGGAGGCGGAGGGGCCCCUGCAGGAGGCCAUGCCCUACCUCCUGGAAGAGGAACCGCUGACUCUGGAGCUGCUGCCAGGCCUGCAGGACCCAUUUGCCGAGCUGGAGGCCAAGCUGGCCAGGCUCUCCUCCACGGUGGACACACCCCAGCGCCCUGAGCAGCACCCCUCCCUGACGGGUGUGCUGCAGUCCAGAGACCCCAGGUCUGAAGCCAAGGCAGCCAGCCAUGUCUUGCCCAGGACCGAGGCUGACCCACCCCCGGAAGUGGCUGAGGAGGCAGUGGCCACAGCAGAGCUGGGUGUUGAGGCCAAAGCUGAGGCCGCUGUGUCCUCGGUGGCCCAGCCUACCCCCCUGCUGGCCCUCGGAGGCCUGAGGAGGGGGAGUGUGGGCAUGGAGGUGGCAGCACCUCCCUUGGUGGACCAGCAGCAGGUGCUUGCCCGCUUGCAGCUGUUGGAGCAGCAGGUGGUGGGCGGGGAGCAGGCCAAGAACAAGGACCUGAGGGAGAAGCAGAAGCGGCGAAAGCGGUACGCUGAUGAGCGCAGAAAGCAGCUGGUGGCGGCACUGCAGAACUCAGACGGGGACAGUGGGGACUGGGCGCUGAUGAACGUCUACGACUCUAUCCAGGAGGAAGUGAGGGCCAAGAGCAAGCUUCUGGAGAAGAUGCAGAAGAAGCUUCGGGCAGCAGAGGUGGAGAUCAAAGAUCUGCAGUCGGAGUUUGAGCUGGAGAAGAUAGACUACUUGGCCACCAUCCGCAGGCAGGAACGGGACUUCAUGCUCUUGCAGCAGCUGCUGGAGCAGGUGCAGCCCCUGAUUCGCCGGGACUGUAACUACAGCAACCUGGAGAAGAUUCGGCGCGAGUCCUCCUGGGAUGAGGAGAAUGGCUUCUGGAAGGUCCCUGAGCCCGUCGUCAUAAAAACCAGCCUCCCAGUAGCAGUUCCACCAGGGCCAUCAAACAAAGCAGCCCGCAAAACCUCUGCAGCGGACACCGGCGAAGCAGGCAUGGAGGAAGACCGCUACAAGCUAAUGCUCAGUCGGAGCGACAGUGAAAAUAUUGCCAGUAACUACUUCCGACCCAAGAGGGCCAGCCAGAUCCUCAGCACGGAUCCCAUGAAGAGCCUCACUCAUCACAACUCACCACCAGGCCUCAGCUCCUCCCUCAGCAACAACUCUGCCAUCUCACCCACUCAGGCCCCAGAAAUGCCCCAGCCCCGGCCCUUUCGCCUCGAAUCCCUGGACAUUCCCUUCACUAAGGCCAAGCGCAAGAAAAGCAAAAGCAACUUUGGCAGUGAGCUUCUAGCCCAGCAAGGGCUGAGCCUCUGCCUGGGACCCACUCCAUCUUUCCUUACCACAUCAGUGUUUCCACCUGUUAGCCUGCCCAGAGCCUUAGUCCUGCUUCAGCCCUGCCUCAAGGCCUUACCAGCAGCCCAGUCAGUGUGCGUCAAGUUGUCGCUGGGCGCCUCCUUGUCUGUCCCUUGUGGGGAUGCUGCCUCUUGGCCAGGGGUUCAUAACUCCCCAGAGCAGUUAGAAAAGACCCUAGGGUUUCUGCAGCUCCCUGAAGUCUUGAGUGGUUCAGAGAAACCGCCAGCAUGCAAGAACUGUCCCACCGGCUUCCUCACUCUCACCGCCAAAGCUGCUGCUAAGGACGCCGGGCCCCGGCCUUUCCUAGUCACUUCCGGGUGGAGCGCCACGACCGCGAGCAGCGAUUGGGUGAUCGUGGACGGGGCACUUCCGGUACCCAGGUGCUGGGCACUUUGGCAGGAAGAGUAA